CCGAAACGUAUGCUGCUUUUUGAUAGGUAUUGUUGUAUAUACUCCAGCAUAUAUAUAUGUCCCUCUGGCCUCUUCCAUUCAUAAACGAAGCUUGACUCCCUCCGAGGACAGACAAAAAGCUUUCACAGAGUGCAAAGUUACCCAACAACUCUUGUUUGUGAAAAUACCCCAAGCCGCUGGUGUUUACAGACGAAUCUCGUCGAACAUUGACAGGACCCGACUACAAUGGAAGGAAUCUACCGUUACCAAGACAACGAGGAGGCAGAGACCCAGUCGAGCUCGCUGUUCGUGCAACGCGCAGAGGCUGUGUCAGUGAAAGAAGGUGAAUUGACUGACGAGUAUAUAGUGAACUUGAUGCAUGAAUAUGAGAACAGUCAACCCGAAUUUGAUCACUUUCACCUACUAAAACUCUCCGAUGCAAAGUCAGGUGUCCUCGACAUUACAAGAGAAAUGACUCCCCAAUGGUGGGACGCGCGGGACCAUGGAAGUGGAUCUCCAACGAUAGUUCCUACCCUCGAAGUACCUGAAGAACUCACCUACCCACAACCAAGCGUCUCUCCUUACGCUACAAUAAACUAUCUAUCCCCUGAAGGAGUUUAUGCAGAGGAAGAGAUAGCUAAUAGCCCCAUGUUGACGUUCUCUGAUUCUCAUAUGUCUGGACAUCAUCUCGUGCCUUUUCCAGACCAGAGUCACUGUAGGAUGACACGACCAAGGUCUCCAUCAGGCAUCUUUGAAGAUCUUACUGAAGCAGAACCUUUAUCUGAAGUGCCUAGUCAGUCUUUCCCCUCACCAAUCCCUAUUUUUGCUGGGGAUAACGUCGUAUCUCAUGAAAGCCAGGACCCAUCAAAGAAAAAACGUGGUCGAAAGCCAAAAUCGGAAGCAGAAAAGGCUGCAGCCCUUGAACAACGGCAGGCAAAGAGAAAUAGAGUCAGAGUGUACGAAAUUGAGAAACCUUAUGAAGAUAAGGAAAUGGAGAGAAAACGAAUAAAUGCCAUUAAUUCAAAGAAGCAUCGAGAUCAAGAAAAGCAACUGAAAAAGGAGAUGGAAGAACAGUUUGCUGAUACCGUCAUCGAGAGAGAUAUUUUGAAGCAACAAAAUGAGGAACUGCAGAGAAAGCUGGAUGCUGCAUUGCAGAAGGUUGCAGAUACGGCUAAUGAACGAAAUAUCCUAAAGCAAGAAAAUGGGCAACUCAGUAGAAAGCUAGAUGUUGCACUAAAACAGCUUGAAGCUUUUAUGAAGCAGUAUGGGUUUCCACGCGUUCUCACUUAGAACAUUUCCCAAAAAACUGGCUUAAGAAAUGAAUCUUUGCAGUUUGGUGUCUGUUUCAGCAGUCAUUUUGAUCUCUGGACCUCAGGGGCAGGAAGAGGUGGCGACAGAAGUCCUGAUGCCCCAAAACGAAGUCUCCCUAAGACCAUGUGAUAAUUUUUACACCACGAUAGCAAGAGGUCUACUUCCUUUUGCAGUCUUACAUUCGUUACUCAUUCCCUUGAAGAGCAAGAGGUCUAUGUCCUUUUGCUUAUAAACACUUACUUGUCAGCACAUCUACAUUUCAUAUUUCCUCACCUGACAUAACAUCUAUCACUUUUCACCACAUCUACAUUUCAUAUUUCCUCACCUGACAUAACAUGUAUCACAAUACUAACUCACAUUCUUACAUUUAGUUCACACAUGAAGGGAAUUGGUAAACCCCUUAUUCGGUUUUGUUGUUCAAAGUGGUACUUUUGUUACAUCUGUGAUAUCAAUAUUUAUAAAGCAGAGAGCACAGUUUUCGUAUAUUCAGUGUAAUCGUGGCUGUUUCAUAGCCAAAUAAAUAAGAUAUUAUUUCAUAACUAGCAGAGAUGCCUUAUGUUUCAAACUCGGUAUCCAUUGCAUCUGAUGACUACAAACAGAUGUUUCGUCUCAUUUCACUAAAGUUUUCGUAUUUUAUCUUUUUACAGGUGCUCCAGAUAUCUCUGGACAAAGACAGCAAGUUUGACAAAUAGCAGUAAGGAAAUUGGCGUGAGGAUGCAAAUGCUGAACUAGCUGGUAAUUUUGGCAGUUUGUAGACUCUGCUUCCAAGAACACUUUUCAGAACCCAAACUAAGUUGCUCCUCAAGAACGCCCAUCAUUUGAGUAAACUUCAUGUUCUAUCUUUCUCUGUGUUGCAGUUCCACAGUUAUAUUUGGUAGUGACAUAGAUUUUAUUAUUACUAGAAGUUCCACACACAAGGAGGAAAACAAGCCGGUCAAAUUUUAGGUUUUAACAAAAAACAUUUUACAGUAAUGCAGUAGUAAAUGAUAGAAAUUAUUGAUAAGAGAUAUUUGCCUAAACCGACAUUAAUCUUAAAUUUCUGACAAUAAUAUAAGUAAAGAUUGGAACUGGUAUUGAUUCAGGUCUUGUAACUUAAAUCAUGCCUUAGAGUAUUAGGUUAUAUUACUUCAUAUUCUGUUGGACUGAUUUUCGUAAUUUUUCCAAAUCCCCUUAAUACCAUAAGUUCAUCUUGAUACAUAUUUAUAAUUUAGAACUAUUCCAUGUUCUUUUUAAGUCGAUUGAUACCUAAUUUGUUUAUUUUUCAAUGUCUUGAGCCCUGAAGCAGUUUCAAUGAAGGUUCAAAUUAAACAGGGCCCCAAGACAAUACAUAUACAAUAACUCCUGCAACAUGGUUUCCACUUCAG